GAGACGACGCUCGGUGGACCAAGUAUCCGGGCGUGACAUUUGUGUCCUCGUAGUCCCAACUCGGACAGCCUGCAAUCAUUUUCUUAGAGCCGCAUUAUCGUGCCACCGAGCUCUCGCGAUGCCGAGAGAAAUCAUCACGAUCCAGGCCGGCCAGUGCGGCAACAGCAUUGGGAGCCAGUUCUGGCAACAGCUGUGCCAGGAGCAUGGGAUCAACCAGGAUGGAAAUCUCGAGGAUUUCGCGACAGAGGGCGGUGAUCGCAAAGACGUCUUCUACUACCAGAGCGACGAUACCCGAUACAUACCAAGAGCCAUCUUGAUCGACCUCGAACCGCGCGUCAUUAACGGCAUUCAGACCGGUCCGUACAGGAAUAUAUACAACCCCGAGAACUUCUACGUCGGCAAGGACGGCGCCGGCGCCGCCAACAACUGGGGCGAUGGCUAUCAAACAGGCGAACAGGUCUGCGAGGACAUCAUGGAGAUGAUCGAUCGGGAAGCGGAUGGUAGUGACUCGCUUGAGGGCUUCAUGAUGUUGCAUUCCAUUGCCGGCGGCACAGGCUCGGGCUUGGGGUCAUUCCUCCUCGAACGGCUCAACGACCGAUUCCCGAAAAAGAUCAUUCAAACCUACUCCGUCUUCCCCGACACGACCAACGCCGGGGACGUGGUUGUACACCCCUACAACAGCGUGUUAGCUAUGCGACGGCUGACACAAAAUGCCGACUCUGUGGUUGUGCUUGACAACGGUGCCCUCUCGAGGAUUGCUGCCGACAGGCUCCAUGUUCAGGAACCAUCGUUCGCCCAGACCAACCAGCUCGUCUCUACCGUCAUGUCCGCGAGCACUACAACCCUACGAUACCCGGGUUACAUGCACAACGACCUCGUCAGCAUCCUAGCAUCGCUUAUCCCUACCCCGCGCUGCCACUUCCUCAUGACAUCUUAUACCCCUUUCACGGGCGACCAGGUCGAGCAAGCGAAGACUGUACGGAAGACAACGGUGCUAGAUGUGAUGCGGAGGCUGCUCCAACCCAAGAACCGAAUGGUGUCGACACAACCCGGAAAAAAGAGCUGCUAUAUUUCCAUCCUAAAUGUCAUUCAGGGCGAAGUCGACCCGACCGACGUCCACAAGUCACUUCUCCGAAUUCGGGAAAGGAGGCUGGCGACAUUUAUUCCUUGGGGGCCCGCCAGCAUCCAGGUGGCUCUCACCAAACGCAGCCCAUAUAUCCCCAUGGCACACCGCGUCAGUGGGCUGAUGCUUGCAAAUCAUACGAGCAUUGCAACACUCUUCAAAAGGAUCGUCAAACAGUUCGACGGCAUGCGCAAGCGGAAUGCCUUCAUGGAGGGUUAUAAAAAGACGGCACCCUUUGCAGAGAAUCUGGACGAGUUCGAUGAGUCGAGGGAAGUGGUACAAGACCUGCUCGAGGAGUACGAGGCGGCAGAGGAUUCCGACUACCUCAACCCCGAUAACGGAGAUAAACCGACAUCAGCAGAAACGGACAAGAGAAUGGGAUGAGCAAGAGACCAGUAGGUAGCGUAGGUUUGUUUAACUGGGAACGGGCGUGUCCGACAGGAACAAUUCUGUAUCUGACAAUCUUCGGGUAUCAUCUCAUGCGGGACAUGAAAGGGCGGCGUUAACGGGCAGAUCCUGUACUGUUUGGGUGGGUAAUGAGACGAAGACGACAGCCAAGGGCCAAUUCAGCACAUGGUGCAUUCUCAGAACACAACAGAUUGCGGGGACUUGUGAAACCAUCUUUUCGAAGCUGAAGGAUCAGUAGGGCCUUCUCGACCCUCUCCGGUCCUUUACU